AUGAAUGAAGGUACAUCACUCAUUCUGUGGUCUGGUGAAUUCGGUGGAAUGCAGUUUGGUGGUAUUCAAGCUAGGAAAAAAACCCAAAUUUUUAAAAGAUUACCAUUUAAUUAUUGCUCAUUAUCUUUACAACCAUUCGAACAUCCUGCAUGUGAAAAAUUGGAGCCUAAAUCUUUGAUCAAACUUAAUUUUCAUAAGAAUGCAAAUGAUGAAUAUCAUUGUCCUGCGACACUUAGAGUUUUCAAUGAUCAUACACAUAUUGUUGCUGUUAAACCUACUGGCAAUGUUUACGCAUAUGAGGCUAUUGAACGACUGAAUAUAAAAGCCAAAAAUUGGAAGGAUUUAUUAACUGACGAACCUUUCACGAGAAAAGACAUAAUAACUAUACAGGAUCCUCAUAAUCUUGAAAAUCGUAAUUUAUCGAACUUUUAUUACGUGAAGAAUGACUUAAAAGUAGAUGAAGAUCAGAAUACAAAUAGCCCAUUGAAUGACAUUAAUAUCAGCGCUAUGGGUUCUGCAGCAAGUGUGCUGAAUAAGCUCUCGGGUCGUCAAGAUGAAGUAUUGGAUAAAAAGCAAAGUACUAGUACUGAAUCUAAACCCGAAAUAAUAACGAAAGCAUCAUCAUCAUCAUCUGUUGGAAAAGUUAAACCUAAAAAAGUGCCAUAUAAUGCUGCGCCAUAUACUCGUGGUCUUGCGGCUGCCUCAUUUACAUCCACUGCAAUGACGCCGGUAACUGUAAAUGAAAAUGCACUUAUUGACGAAGAAGAAUUUAUGUUCAAAGAAAUUAAAGCAAAAGGUUAUGCUAGUGUAAUAACUAAUCUUGGCAGCCUGAAUAUAGAACUUUUUUGUGAUAAGAUUCAAGGCGGUGAUCCUACCGGCACUGGCAAAGGAGGAGAAUCAUAUUGGAAAAAAGACUUUGUAGACGAAUUCAAAAGCAAUUUGUCACAUAAUGAACGAGGUCUUUUAAGUAUGGCAAAUAAAGGAAAGAACACUAAUUCAUCCCAAUUUUUUUUUACUUUUCGACCUUGUAUACAUUUAGACAAUAAACAUACAAUUUUUGGGAAAUUAGUUGGAGGAAAAGAUGUUUUAGAUAAAAUGGAAUCUGUACCUACAGAUGAUUCAGAUCGGCCACUAAACGAAAUUAAGAUUACUAGUGUAAAUGUAUUUGUGGAUCCAUUUGAAGACUACAAAAAACAACUUCAAAAAAAAUUGGAUCGACAAUCAUCAGAAAAACAAGAAAAAAAACCACAAAAAAUUCAAAAG